AUGGCAUCGGAUUCGGUGAUUCCGCAAGCCACUGUAAUAUCAGUUUUGGAAGAAGUUAUUCAGAAGCAUGGAACUCGAAUUGACGAUAUUAGUCAUAUUACUAAUUCGAGAAACACAGAGGAGGCUUCUUGGAAAAUAUAUGAAGCUACUGGGUGGCUGAGAAAAACAGUUGGAGUAGUUCUGGGUAAAGAUUUGCCUGCUGAGCCUUCUGAAGAUGAAUUCAGGCUCGGGUUGCGAAGUGGAAAGAUCCUGUGCACUGCUCUUAACAAGAUUCAACCUGGAUCUGUGCCUAAGAUAGUAGAUGGACCUAGUGAUUCAAGUAUAAUUCCUGAUGGGGUUGAUUUAUCAGAGUACCCAUUCUUUGAGAAUGUGAGAAACUUCCUUCAAGUUAUAGAGGAACUGGGGAUUCCUACUUUUGAAGCUUCAGAUUUGGAACAGGCUGGGAAAACUAAAAGGAUCGUGCAGUGUGUUCUUGCAUUAAAGUCUUACAGUGAAUGGAAAAAGAGUGGUGGAGUUGGUGCAUGGAAAUAUAUAGAAAGUGCCAAACCCCCCACAAGUCCCGUGCCGGUGAACCCCCCCACAAGUUCCGGGCUGGUGAGAUCUUUCACACGAAGAAACAGCGAACCGUUCAUGAAUUGUUCCCUUUCAAGGACAAUGUCAUUGGGUGAGAAAUCCAUGGACAGCUUGAAUAGUGAGCAGUCGGACCUCAGUGACACGGCUUCCUUGCCUUCUUUGAGUAUGUUAGUUCGAGCAGCCAUUUUACAUAAGAGGCAAGAAGAGAUUCCAAUGAUCGUGGAAUCUAUGAUAACUAAAGUCUCGGAGGAGUACGAGCGUCGCUUGGCAAGCCACAGUGAACUGAGUAAAACUAGUUCAAAGGAUAUGGAAGAAUCUCUUCCUGUUAACUCUCUGUCUCUAACUGCCUCAUGCGAUGAGGACAAGGUUGAGGUAGAAGUAGAGGCACCAGAAGAGGUAGAGGCACCAGCAGAGGAAACGGUUGAAGAUGAAUCAUCGACCGAGUCAAAGAAAAAGGAACCUCAAAAUGAGGAGUGCAAUACCGAUGAGGAAACACCAAGGCAUCUUUUGGAACAGAAGACAAUGGUUGAACAACAACAUCAACAACAACAAUAUAUUCUGGAACUGAAGCAUAGUCUUCGUUCGACAAAAGUGGGUAUGGAACAUUUGCAGACGAAAUACCACGAAGAGUUUAACAAUCUAGGUAAGCACUUGCAUACUCUAGCUUAUGCAGCUUCGGGAUAUAAGACAGUUCUUGAAGAAAACCGCAAGUUAUACAAUCAAGUGCAGGACCUGAAAGGGAGUAUAAGAGUAUACUGUCGAGUAAGACCACAAUUUGGUGUGCAAUCAAACGUUUUGAGUUGUGUAGACCACAUAGAUGACACAACUAUCACAGUCCUUGUCCCUUCGAAAAAUGGAAAAGAGGGCCGAAAAUCAUUUACUUUUAACAAGAUUUUCGGUCCUUCUGCAACCCAAGCGGAGGUUUUCUCUGAUACCCAACCUUUGAUUCGAUCCGUUCUUGAUGGGUUUAAUGUUUGUAUAUUUGCAUAUGGUCAAACAGGAUCAGGGAAAACUCAUACCAUGUCUGGGCCUACAGUGCUCACAGAGGAAGGCUUAGGUGUAAACUACAGGGCAUUGGGUGAUCUAUUUGAAAUCACGAACCAGAGGAAAGAAACCAUUUCCUACGUAAUUUCGGUGCAAAUGCUUGAAAUUUACAAUGAGCAAGUCAAGGAUCUCCUUGCAGCUGAUGGUGCAAAUAAGAGACUAGACAUUCGUAACAGCUCUCAAAAUGGGAUUAAUGUACCUGAUGCACAACUUGUACGUGUAUCGUCGACAUCUGAUGUCAUAAACUUGAUGAACCUUGGGCAAAAAAACCGCACGGUUUUCUCCACAGCCAUGAAUGACCGGAGUAGUCGAUCUCACAGCUGCUUGACAGUUCACGUCCAAGGAAAAGACCUUACUUCAGGAAACGUUCUUCACGGCUCUAUGCAUCUGGUUGAUCUGGCAGGAAGUGAAAGAGUUGACAAAUCCGAGGUGACGGGGGAUCGGUUAAAAGAGGCACAACACAUUAACAAAUCCCUUGCAGCUUUAGGCGAUGUGAUCGCUUCUCUCGCUUCGAAAAGUUCACAUGUUCCCUAUAGAAACAGUAAACUUACUCAGUUGCUGCAAGAUUCACUUGGAGGACAAGCCAAAACACUCAUGUUUGUUCAUAUUGCUCCCGAGUAUGAUGCUCAUGGAGAAACACUUAGUACACUCAAAUUUGCAGAAAGGGUAGCCACAGUUGAGCUUGGUGCUGCUAAAAUGAACAAAGAUAACGCAGAAGUGAAAGAGCUUAAAGACCAGAUAGCUAUUCUUAAAGCAGCCUUAGCCACCGCGAAAAAGGAAGGAGAGGCCGAGCAAGUGCAACGGAGUCAAACCAUACCCACCAGUCCAGAAGCAAAAACAUCGAGCCUUGAAACAUCCCCUUCUCUUCCAAAAGGCCAAAGUUCCAGUGAUCAGUCUAGCAGUGUCUGUAACGCUGAGAAUGAGUCUUCAACCACGUCUAGGAGAGGAAGUUUGGAAAUCCAAGACAUGUUAUCGAAUCCGUCUCUUUGGCCACCUCUUGAGGUUGUCAAGUCAAACGAAGAUGAUAAAACCAUGGUCAACAAGCAAGACAACUUGAAUAAACUGUCUGCAAACAAAAAGGGCAACCAAGAGAACGAUCAGCAACGAGUUCGCUCUGAAGUUGGCUCCACCGAUGAUUCUUCCAGCAUCGAUGCUACAACUAGCGAUUGUUCGGAGACCGACUCGGUUUCGCUAUCCAAUACCAUUCCUAAAACAACCACUGCUUCAAAUGGGAUGGCACUUAAACCAAAGAGACAGCAACAAUCCAGACUACCUAGUCCAGCAAAGACCAAGACCACAGAAGUCAAGAGCGCAAUUCCAUCACUAAUACCGCCACCAUCUUCCUGGAGACAGUCAACCGGAGCUAUUACAAAUGCGAGCAAGCCAAAACGGAAAACUGCACCAACAAAGUGAUUAAACCAACAGUGUUAAACGAACCGGCCUCCUCAUUUUUUUCCCAUUUUUCAUUGUGCUCCUUACUUGUGUAUGACUUAGUUGCAGUGAAAAGGAGAUGGUCACAUAUAAAGUAGUGGCAACAAUGCCUGUGUUUAGUUGUGGUAAAAUCA